CCCGCCUCCCUCCUAGCUCCUCCUCCCCCCGAUGUCCCUCCCUCUUCCUCCCAUGCCGCUCAAGACACCCCCAGUGCGAGCGAGGUAGACCACGCAGUCGCCAGCUGGACCGCCCAGCCCGCGCCGCAAACUCGCCUAGAGCCCCAGAGCAAAGCUGAUGAUAACACUGGUGAGGAUGGUGUCGAUUUCCAGAACCUCCUCGAUAAUCUACCCCCUUCUUCCACUGCGCCCUCUGCCCCUGCGGUCUCAGAGACGGCGCCUUUGUCAGCAGACGUUUCUGCCCUUCCCCAGGCAGGAACGGAUGACGAGGCGCUCCAAUCUUCCCUGGGACUUCCCCCUCGCCCCCCUCCCCAGGAGAAGCCCUCUAUCCAUCCCAACUACAAUGCCAGUGAUGACAUCCGGUCAUAUCACCAGCUCCCCCCUAAUACUUCCAAUGCACAAUCCUCCCCCUCCUCCACCUACACCGCCCAGCAGAGUAAUUAUCAGUCCAAUCUGGGCCUCCCAUCAUUGGCUGCGGCUGGCGCACCGGGGACGUCCUCGGGUGCCAGCGCUUUGCCCCCUCCCCCCGUGCCGAGUUUCCAACAGUCUACAUCUACUACUUCCGAGUCUCAGGGUUCCCCAGGACCAGUGAAUAACAGAAAGGCUGGAAGUGAACGGGUAGUGGCCCGGCAGAACAAGGGUUCCGAUGAAGACACACCAUGGGGCCCCGAGGUGCAGAAGAAGUACGAUGAGUUUCUGCAUGAUGAAAGGAUCUACGUAACUGAAGGUCUUUGGGACCGGUUUCCGCCGGGUUCUAGAUUGUUUGUCGGUAAUCUGCCCACCGAAAGAGUGACGAAGCGUGACUUAUUCCACAUAUUCCACAAAUUUGGAAAGUUGGCUCAGAUAUCCAUCAAGCAAGCCUAUGGAUUUAUCCAGUUUCUUGAAUCGUCUGCCUGUAAACAGGCUCUCGACGCUGAGCAAGGAGCCGUUGUUAGAGGACGCAAAGUCCAUCUUGAAAUCUCGAAGCCACAGAGGAGUACAAGACCCGGGGCCGCCCCGGCAGAACCUUCUCGUGCUCCUCCCAGGCGCUCGAGGUCUCCAGAAUUCAGCCGGAGUGGUCCUUCCGGAAGCCGCAGUACGAGAGCCCCGGCUGAUCGUUACGAUCGUCCGUACGAAUCGGGGCGCGUGCCAUUCAGCGAUUUUAGGGAUGAGCCCGGCCACCGUAGACGUGACGACUAUCGACCACCCCCUCCGCCUCGCUCGCCGUCUCCUCGUGCUUUCCGCGCUAGGGAUGGGUACCGGUCUCGAGAUAGGACUCCAGAGCGGUACGAUCGACGUGAAAGGCGGCGUUCUCGGUCACCAUACACGAGGGAUCGCAGGUAUCGCAGCCCAAGCCCACGGGGUCGUGGGUCUUACGAAAGCGAUGCAGACCUGCCCGUUCCUCGGCGAGCUCCAAGAGACGUACCGGAAGUGCAGAUCCUUGUGCUCGAGGAAUUGGAUCGCAACUUCAUUUUCUUUGUGGAGAACUCUUUCCGUAACCGGGGUCUCCGGGUGGAUGUGCUUGUCCUUGGACCCCGAAUCCCCCUGAACGCUGCUGUUCAACGACAGAUCCAGGAGGGCGUCCUUGCGGUAGUGAGGCUUUCACGCCCGAGUCAGUUCUCUAGGAAAAUCCCCCUGCAGGUGUUUGACCGAAGCGGAGGGCCAGACAACGUUCGCUCCAACGAGUACCCUGAUGUCGAGCCCAGUAUCGCCGCCGAGAUUGUGUUCCAUGCCCAGUCGAUGCAGCGUGGCGCUCCCCCGGCGCCUUUCCCUCCGAACCCGGCAUUUGGGAUUCCCCCGCUUCCUGCUCCGGCCGCAACAGUGCCUCCUCAGGCACCGCUGCCCACCGUCGCCAAUCAGCCCAGUAUUGCCAACCUGAUUACCUCCCUUGACGCGCCCACGCUACAGUCGCUGUUGGGAGUGCUCCAGCAACGGCCGCCCGCUGUGCCAACGGCGCAGCAGCCGUUUCCUAGUGCCAGCACGCCGCAUGGCGCAGCAGACCUCGCUAGCCUGCUGAACGCUGCCACUCGCCAGCCUGUUGCUGCUAACCCGCAACAGCCACUGCCUCCACAGCCCUUUCCUCUGCAGGCGCCCAAUGCUCCUUUGGUAUCCGAUCCCAACUUAAUUUCGUUGCUUGCCAAGGGACUCGGAGGCCAGCAGCCUCAAAACCAGGCAGCCGUUGGUCCCCAGGUGCAGAACAUCAUGAACCAACUGGGCAAAUGGAAGCAAUGA